AUCCCAUGCCACCUCAUUCCGCUUCCCCCGUCUCUUCUUCCACCGUGCCACCCUCAACAACCCAAUCCCGACCUCGUAGCACGGCUAUCUGUCGACUUGGCUUACCUUUUUCCAUCACACCUCUCUGCUCUCAUUCGUCAACUGGCGAUACCACGUCCUGCAGCCCAUCAUCCAUCUUCCAUGUCCUUGGAAUUCUCCCAGACCGUCUCCAAGGUAUCCCGGCCGAGAUAAUGCUGACUCCUACCGCCCCCAACUACCAUGCGCCCGGGGCAAUACUCUAGGCAAGCCGGUGACUCUUGCUAUGGAGACAGAACAGUACGGCACUUUUCGAUACGAGCCGCCCGAUGAUGUCGUUGAGCCCAUGACCAAGAUAGGGCCGGCCAGCUCUGGUUAUUACCUAUGCACAUAUUCUGUGUACCACCUUAAUCCACGACUGAUUCGCCCACCAACCGCGCAGCUUAGUCAAUCGAUGGUGCCGCGCUCUCUUGUUACCUCAUUAGUCUCCUACCCUCGUCUUGGCGAAUCAGAUGCUCCGUCUCCGUACUAUCUCGGCCUGAUCGACCCUGGGGACAUCUCGCCGGUCAACGCUACCCAAGAAACGCUUUUUUUUGCUUUUUACACCGUUCUGCAUUCGUAUCCGCGAGACUUCCACUUACCCCGACCAUCUGUCGCGGCUGCCCGGCCAGAUGAGCCUCACCGCCGACUCCGAGACUGCUCAACAGCAGCAUCCUGGCAAGAGACCAGAAUCUUGACAACUCGUGGAGCGCCCGAAUACCUCCCGUGCCAAGCAGUGGAGCUCCCGAACCGUACGAGGCUUUCAGCUGAGUUCAGACUGUCCACCGUGACUGCUAUCGUUCCAUCUGGAUAUACUACGAUCUGGUCCGACUUCCAGGCCCCUCGCGGGUGUGCUCCAGUCAGGUUGCAGGUUUCCUGGGUGCGGUCAGACCUCUGCCUGCUAGCCUGAAUACACACCGUCCAUAUCACAUCAGAACCUUCAAUGUGUCAUUCAUUGCAAGCUGGCAGUUGAUAGUGGAAAUUAUGCUGACAUGUUGCAUGUCGAAAAACCGAAUCAAGCACCCUACGGUGCACUGCAAACCUAUCGGCACACACUUAGACCAUCCGCGAGUACCGAGCCAUGACAUAUGGCUGCCCUCCAAGUGGCCCGUCAGCCUCAUCCUUCACCUAUUCUCAGCCUGUGUCACACGAGCCCGCCGAACCCGUCGCU